AUGAACAUCAGAACAUAUGCUAAUCCCAUUCCAAUCAGUGAAACUAGUGGAAAAUCAUGGAAUCAAGAACACUUUGCUUGGACAUUUCCCAAACCAUCCAUGCCAAGUAGAAAAGAGAAAUCAAGACCUUCAGAAUUACAAAUCACAGUUUCUAGGCAAGACCAAAGAAAACUAGAGGAAGGUCAGAAGCCAGCUCAUAUAUGGAUAAGGCAUUCUUUUAGAAAAAUUUGUCAAAGGCCAUCCAUUUACCUAGCUAUCGGGAUACAGGCACCAUUCAGACAUCAUUAUAAUCCCAAAACCCGUGAUAUAAGGGCAGAAAUUAAAACGUCAAAAGAUGUUAAAAAUAGAACAAUUUUAGAGAAUUAUUCCAAGAAAGAAACAGGCCCAUAUGUAGAAAAUCCAGAAUCCAAGAAAAUAGUAAAAGAUGAUAAGCCUAAAAGAAUAAGUAAAGGAGAUAAAACACCAUCAAAAACAUCAUUUGAAAGUGAAAUAUUUAAGAAAUCAAAAUCAAAAUCAGAAAAAAAUCCAGAAUUCAAAUAUUCUAAGUUAGGCUCUAAAACAUAUUCAAAUAAAUAUAUGAAAAAUACAAUGAAUUCCAAGAAGAGAGAUACUGAAUCCAUAUACUCAAGAAACAAUCCAAAGAAAGACUCUAAGGUGAUCUUAAAGAAGAAUUCUGAUGGCAAAUCAGAGACUUGCUCAAUAAAUAUUUCAAAUGUAGAUUUAAUUAUGUAUUUGGAGGAGAUUGAUACUAAAUCCAUGGAUGUCGAUACAUGGUCAAAGAAUUACUCACAGAACAAUUCAAAGAAAGAUGCAAAGAAGGAAAAAAAGGAGGGGAAAAAGAAGGGCGGAAAAAAAGGCUCUGAUGCAGAAUCUGAAGAUUCAAAAGGUGCAAAGAAGAAGGAUAAGAAAGGUGGAAAGAAGGAUAAGAAGAAGGAUUCAAAGAAGGACACAGAGUCUACUGAUGCUGAAUCUGAAGAGUCAAAAGAUGCAAAGAAAGAUGAUAAGAAGGAUAAGAAAUCAAAGAAAGGUGACAAGAAGAAGGAUUCAAAGAAGGACACAGAGUCCACUGAUGCUGAAUCUGAAGAGUCAAAAGAUACAAAGAAAGAUGAUAAGAAGGAUAAGAAAUCAAAGAAAGGUGACAAGAAGAAGGAUUCAAAAAAAGAUGCAGCCUCUACUGAGGAGUCUGAAUCUGAAGGGGAUACCAAAAAAGGUAAAAAGAAGGGCAAGAAAGAUGCCAAAAAGAAGAAGGAUGCAGGAUCUACUGAUGCUGAUUCUGAGUCUGAAGGGGAUACCAAAAAAGGUAAAAAGAAGGGCAAGAAAGAUGCCAAAAAGAAGAAGGGUGAAGAGACUACUGAAAGCGAGACUGAUGCAGAGGCAAUAGAUGGUAAGAAAGGUUCAAAGAAAGAGUCCAAGGAUGCAAAGAAGGAAAUAGAGUCUACUACGGAUGACUCUGAUAAAUCACUAAGUAAACAGGAUUCUAAAAAGAUAACUGAGGACUCAGAUGCCACUUCCACAGAUUCGAGGAAGGCACCAACAGACCUGAAGAGAGGUGGAUCCAGAAUGUCAUCCAAAAAGACUACUUUCCAAGAAAAAGAGAAGCAAACAAUUACAGGUAGAGUUCCUCCAACAAGAGAAAGACCACCACUCCCUCCUUGUGAGCCUUUUUUACCAUCACCUAAAGUGAAACGUGUCUGUCGGUGCAAGAUGCCUCCUCCACCUCCAAAACAAAGAUAUGCUCCUUUGCCUGAAGCAGAGUGGAUUCAUAAGCUGCUUUAA